AGCAAAUCUUUCGAGGAAGCAGAAACAUAUUGCAUUUGUAACGCUAACAAAAAAGAGUGUGAAACUUAGAUCAUCGACGCUCUCCAUGGCCUCUCUGCAGAGGUCUUCGAACACAUUUAGGAGGGAAGGGUCGUCGGGUCUGGUGUGGGAUGACAACCUUUUGAUAGAGCAAAUGCCGGAAAAGGGAGACUAUGGAGAGCUAAGGCAUUGCCAAAGCACCACUCAAGGCAUUCGCAUUGUCGGACCGAAUGAAGUCAGGGUUAUGGACAUCGGCGGCGGAUCCAAUGGAGCCUCUUCUUCGUAUCUUCCUCGUUCUUCGUCCGCGUCGGUAGCUAAUAUACGAUCGAAGAAAGUGUUCGGAUUCGGAUUCCGCGGCGUGACCGGAAAACCUCCGAGUGCUGUGUAUGGGAACAAGAACCACGCAAUCCAGAUUCACAAGUGAGAUGAUAUGGCAAACCUUGACCAGUUUGCCCUAUUCUAGCUACGAUUGCAUGAGAAUGGCCCUAUCCUUCAUUCUGUUGCUUGUUUUCGCAAGUUUACAAGACUAUUCGAUACGAAUUUGUUAAGCAUAUGAUUGUAGGUCCUCUCUUUUUUCCCUCUCCUUUAUUUUUGGGGGAAUUGUUUAUGUCUCAAUUGCUUCUUCUAUCUUAUAUAUAUGGUGAAAUAACUUGUACGUUAAUUAAUUGACUUCUGAGAUCCUC